AUGGCGGUCUUUAGUCCACUACAAUUCUUCAUAUUCCCAUUCCUCUUCUUUGUCGCCCUUCCGCUUGCCCUCUGCGCCGGCUUCACGACUAUCUUAGCAUUCAUGGUCUUGUUCUUACGCCUAUUCCUCGUAUAUUUCGACGUCGGGCUUGAGACUUUGCGCUAUGUGUUAGUAGGCCAUACCGCACAUUCUCGGUCUAUGGCACAUCGACGGACUCCUUCGGGUACCCCGCCGCACUCGCCAGAAUCCUCUCCAUCAUCUUCGCCUGAGGCGCGGCAUAGGCGCCGACGCAGCAAGAUACAUGGCAGCUUUAGUAGCGGCUCUGCCACGCCUAUUAGCAGCUUCGAUGGUCUUGCCCUGACACCCACCACUGGGCUCGAAAGGGACUUCGAGGGUGUGGGAGGAUGGAGAUUAGAUAGCGUGGAUGUCGAUGCGGAUACCGCGAACCAACAGUGGUACAGCCUUAAUUCGCGGCUCGAACUUCCGGACCGACGCCAUCAUUCCAGAUCACAUAGCGGAGGUACUGUGUUGCCAGGAAAUAGCGGGUUAGGCCUAUAUAUGAAGGGUGCGAGCGCGUCGACGGCUUAUAAUCCGGAAGGACUAAAGAUAUAUGCAUCGCCCAAUAGCUCAAGAUCAAGAACACCAACAAGUAGCAGGCCACGCAGCUUUACUAAGGUCGACGAUAACGAAUAUUUCCCCAUAGUAGAGAGGAAGCAUACUAAAAAUAACCGGUGUUAA